UUGGUAGCCGGCGUUACGCCGACGUUGUGGACAAUGUAAUAAUCGAUGCGCCACGUACGUUUAGCGUGGAAUUUCUGUGAUUAGCAUAAACAAGGCUCUUUAUUUCGCGGGUUCCGUAGGACGACUUCCAUGAUAAGUAUGGCGGCCAUCAUGGAAGUUAUCACGGAAAAGUAAAGGAAUUUCCAUGGGUCAACAAAAAGAAAAGUGGAUGCCGAGUGUAUUGAGCGUGUCAUCGCCAGAACGAAGUUACUGAAUGAAAAAGAAUCGUGAUAUGGAUGGAAAGCUGAAAUGUGAGAAAGACAAUUCUUCGGGACAACGUGUUCUCGUAAUAAAAAACUGUGCCGUGUUCAACUGUUCACGUAUACUAGACCAGCACGGUAACUAUGCUAAAAACCCCCAGGUAUUACAUCACACGUCCGAGGAGGCGAAGGACUGGUACCCGUAAGCAAAUUGUUAAAAAAGAGCUUCAAAAGGAGAAACUAAACGUGAAGGGAAAGGUUGCAAAAGUAAGAAGUGAUCUUCAGGAAGGAAACAACGUAUACCGGGAUAUCUUGGAAAAGUUCAAGGAAGAACUAAAGAGUUGCUCUGUCACACUGUUAAACAUUGACAUACAGGCAGCUGUGCUUACCUACAAACCAACAAACAAAAGCUUUCUGUACAAGAUCUCUGCCAAUAGCUACGUUUUCAGGAAGUCUUCGCAGAGAGGACGAAAGAGAAAGCGCUGUAAUAUGAACAAAUACCAUGGUGAUUCACAAAACAACACAGGGUCCUCAUCUGCAUACCAAGGCUCAAGGGAGGAGAGACAAUUUUCUCAAUAUCCUGUACCUAGGAAACAAUGUGCCAAGAAGUCCACAACACAACUGGCCAGGAACUUCAACCUCAAUAAGUCAAACUCUGGCUGGGAUAGUGAGGUCAUGCCUGGAAAGCGGAAGCGAGACUUAAGUGAGAGCUACCGCCCCCGUUCCGAAACAUACGAAGCUGCAUAUGAUAUCGAUAGAGAUCAAGCACUUGCCAACGGUGAGGAAAGGUCGUGGUCCAGGGACAGAAACUAUUGGCAUACAAAUUCCGUCAACCACCGUGACCAGUACCAUGACGAACCUAGAUCCCAAAGAAACAGCUACCGUGAAUAUUCCCCCAGCGAUAACUGGCAUGAUGGUCGGAGACACAGUGAGGAAAGGGACAGAAGUUACCAGUCUACGAGAUCUUAUCACAAUGAUCAUUCUGAGUAUUCCUACUCAGACAAUAGUGGUAGACCUGGAAGACAUACAAGGCGUGAGUUUUCCAGCAGAGAACGAAGUCAAGAACGGGUCCCUCCUUGGAGAGAUGGAACACUCAGUAACCGAGGAAAAACACGAUAUGGCAGACAUGGUGACGAUGUCAAUGAAAAGCCUGCAACAAGGUCAAGAAAUUCCAGUCCCUCCGGUAAUACUAAAAGCACCUCAAGAGAUACCUAUCCCGAAGCAAAGCUUAAGAGCAGUACAAGCAGUUCUAAAACACCAAGUCAACCUGCAUUCAGGAAAGCAAAAGAAAAAGACGGGGGUUGUGGAAACCAAGGAGAUCCCACUUCUGCCACUAAAACAGAUCAAAGUAACAAAGAACCUGGUUCAAAGUUGGCAAAUUCAAUUAGUGAUAGUAUUAAGGACAAGAAAAGUAUAACUCCAAACCCAUCAGAUGUAAAGAACAGUAAAAGCACUUCUUUAGUAACUGGUGCAGUUUCUAAAACUUGCACUUCAAAUGCACAUGCUGGACCAGAUACAGACAGAAGUUCUAAAACCAUUGCUGAGACAAACGGUGUUAAUUCACCUAUUCCCUCACAACCAAGUGAAAAGAACCAUAUCCCAAGUGCAACUAAGUAUGCACAGGGUGAGUUGGAACAUAUCUCCAAGUCGCAUGGUUUUGAAGACUCACUAGCUCUUUCUGCAAAUGGAUCCUCUGAUUUAAACCACCAGCUGGACAGUGUAAAUGUAUCCAGUCUAAAUGCAAGCAAUAAGGACCAAGUUACACUGUCUAAAGUCAUGCCUUCCAUAACUAAUGAAAGUGCAGGCAAAGAGGUCACAGUUAGUUCUGAUCGACGUGUUCUUGAAAAAGCUAAGCUCAACACAUUGUCUUCAGUAACAGGAUCCCCCCAUAUCACCUCAGCAAAUCCUGAAGACAGUUUUAAAGAUGUGAGUCUCAAGGCAGUGGCUCCUGGAGAAAGGAAAACAAACUUGAAGGAACCCUCACUCAUCCAAGAAAAUGAUAAAACUGUUGAUCCGUUAGAUCUUGAGACACCAGAUACAUGUAACUCUUCACCAGCAAGGCCGGACGUGUCCGCAAGAGAAACAACAAAUAAGGAAGUAAGCAAAAACCCGACCCAAAACAGCACUGUUGAUAUACCUGCACCGACUAGAACCAAACUCCAGGAACUUCCAUCCCCUCUGACCAAGGUGGAUGCGAAUGAAGGCCCAAUCAGCUCUUUCAGACUUAAGCUCAAGUCCAUUGUGGACAAAGUGUUUCCAAAAGCAAAUGCCUCAAGUGUUACCAAAGAUGAAAGUAACUUCCUGUCUAAAAGCCUGCCAGCUUCUCCGAAGACCUGUGGUGAAGACAUUGAAGUAGAUUCUAUGACUCCGAAAUGCAAAAACUCAACAAAAUGUCUUCAGAUGAAAAACAAUGAAGUUACUGCAUCUGGUAUUCCUUCUGGACAUGAUCAGUUGGAGGAACCCUCAGCUGCUGUAGUGAACAUAUCAUCUUUAAAGGACGUUUACAUCUUGCCUGUAUGCCAGAAUUCCACAGAGACAACAAAUUGUGGUUCAUCAACAGUGAGCUCAGAGUAUCCUACCCAACUAAAAGAGCAUUUUGGCAAAGCGAGUGAACUGGCAGUGGAGGGAAUCAAGGAUGUAUGUACGAAAGCUACUUCCAACAAAGAUGGAUACGGUAGACCAAAGCCUGUUGAGAAAUCAACUGAUAAACUAGCAGAUAUUGCUAGUAAAAAAGAGUCUGGAUUGUGUCCUCAAUCAUCUGGAAGCCUUUCAACUAGCCUGAGCAAAGAUUGUGAACAAGCUGCACAAACCACUUCACUGCCCAACUUAAAAGAAUGUCUUGAUGACAGGACUAACAUAACUGAUGGCAGCUCUGAUCAAUCAAACUCUGCACAAAUUGGUAAAUCUAGGCCUCUUGAUCCAGAUGCGAGCCAGGAGCCUUCUCCGAUGGAAACAGACCUUCAAGAAUCAGAAGCAAGAGAAUCUCCAAUGCCGUCUGAGGUCCAGUCAAUGGAAGUUGAUUCACCCCCACUGGAAGAACAUGGAGUAUUGUCAGGGACAACAGCACUGAAUACAAAUGAACUACAAUCAUUGGAAAAGUCAAUUACAAAGCUACAAGGGGAGAAGGAGAUGGAUUCUCAAAAUGAUAACCACGAGAAGACGACUGUCGCUUCAUUUAUAAAUCUGGUGAUCUCCAACGAAAUGUCCUUAAAACCAACUGAAAUUAAGGAAAGGGUUGAGAUGAAGCUGAACCCUGGGAAUAUGACUUCUGCACCAGGCAUUGACAAGCAUCCAACAGACACGUCCUUGUCAGUGAAUCAGGAGACUGGGUUGUCUGCAGGCCUAGACAAGACUUCACUGGCUGUCCAAGAGAUUGAUGCUGCGACAACGACUGCAAGUCGCAAGGUACCAGAAGAAUCUUCUAGCAUGGAUGCAAAAGAAGAGGAAGCUGCUGGAGACUCUGGGCAAUGCGUUGAGGCUGUUAAACCAGGGAAGAUGUCAAGUCUGGAAACUGGCAAGCGGGCGCGGAGUCCAUCCUUAGAGGAAACAGCCUCUGAUGGAGAGGAAAGAAACAGCAACAAAAAAUCAAAAUUGGAUGACUCGUUAGAGAGAGUAAAAGGGGACCAACGUGUUGCUAAAGACGACCUUAAAGAUCCUCCGGAAAUCAUGCAACCUUUGAAAAAGGCUGCUACAUCCUCGGCACCAUUGGCUUCCCCACAACUAGUGGAAACUGUUGUGAAUUCCUCGGAGCCGGUGGAUUCCCUCCAACCAGUGAAAAUAGUUGUAAAAUCCGGGGAGCCAGUGGCUUCCCCUCAAACAGUGAAAACAGUCCUGAAAUCCACGGAGCAAGUAGCUUCCCCACAACCAGUGACAACAGAUGCGAAAUCCAUGGAGCCAGUGGUGGCCCCACAACCUUUGAAAACAGCUGUUACAUCCUCAAAACAUGUGGCUUCCCCACAACCAGUGAAAACAGUUGUGAAUUCCUCGGAGCCAGUGGAAACAGUUGUGAAAACCUCAGAGCCAGUUACUUCCCCGAAAACAGCUGUGAAUUCCUCAGAGCCAGUGAAUACAGUUAAGAAAACCCCGGAGCAGGUGGCUUCCCCACAACCAGUGAAAACAGCUGUUACAUCCUCAAAGCCAGUGGCUUCCCCGUCAAACCAAGGAGAGAAGGCAGAGCCAACGAAGCCUGAUGCAGUGCCAAGGAAGUCGUCGGCAACACCACCACUCUCUCAGGCACCCUCCCAAUCUGGAGCUCCUCCAGCUCGACGGACUGGCAAAUCAAAACAAAUGACCACAAAGGACCUUAGGCUUAUGAUUGAGAAGCAUGCCCAGGCAGCACUUCAAGCCCACCUGAAGCUCCUCCGUAGGCAGCUGGAGAUAUCCAGCAAAGGUGAGCGGAUGUGGGAGACACGUUGUCAGGAAACCCAGAAACAACUCGAGAUUGUGCAAGGAGAGCUCUCUAAAGUCAAAGAGGAAGGGGACGGCAUGAAAUCCAAAAUAGCGGAACUGUAUAAUUGUAAGGAGAAUUUGACGAAGAAACUUCAUGAAAAGGGUAUUGAAGUCAACACUGCAUCAAAUGCAACUCAGUAUGACUGUGAUGACUUCACUGAGGUUAUGGACAAAGUCCUUGUUGAGAUGGAAUCAUCUGAAACGUUGCCUGUUUCAAAUCCUAUUGUUAUUUCUGAUCCUUGCCAACACCUGGAAUCUGGGAACAAGCCGACAUCCUCUUCCUUAAACGUAGAAGCUUCCAUGAAAGUGGCAGAAGCCCCAAAUGUGGCAAAUGCCACAGUUCUAUCAUCAGCUGAUGCUAAAGAAAAUCCCCUGUUUGCCCCACCACUAGUGCCGCACUCAGCAGUUCAGCCACAGACAACCACUCCGGAAUCCAUUCCAGCUGAUUCUGCUGGGCCUUCUGUCACUCCUAAUGCAGAGGCUUCCAAGGAAACUCGGAUUGCAUCUUUAGAACCGGCUUUGGUAUCAUCUCAACCACAGGCGCCACCUACAAUGAUCUGCCUUGAGAAACCGAACAAUGGAACUUCAGUUUUGUCCCCAAAAUUAACACAACAUACCAUUCAAGGUGUUUGUAGUAGAGUAACUUCUGUGCAAGCAACAGCGAGUCCGGGCGCACUGAUAGUACAAACAGCAUCCCCUGAUACAACAGCAGUUGUGACCAAUACUAAUGCUGCUCUUCCUAGGAAAGCCCUGACACCAGAAAUCCAAGAAAUUGAGCUUCCACCUCACAGUACUCCUGGGAAGCAAGUUGUACCUUCGCCUAGAGUGAGACAAUCUCAAUCGCCUCAAACACUGAAGUCUGGGUCUCCUGCUGGACAAACUCCUCCAAGGGGGUUGAUUCCUAUAACUUCCCAACUUGCAAGAACGACUGGAGCAAUAAAUGUAUCAAUAGUACCUAAUGUUACAGUUUCUGCAAAAUCUGCAAGACCACAGAAGGUCACAACACCGGUCACCAAACUGCAAACCCCAUUAGCGACAGCUUCUCAAAAAGCUGCAGCAUCCCCACAAGCAAAUCGAAAUACCACCUUGGAGCAUGUACUCAUAGAUUUGACUGAUGAUAUGGAAGAGCCCAGCAGUUCUGUUGCCAAACAACCGGCUGUCAAGACCCCACAGGCGACAACGACAGUUGCAUCAAUGAUGCAACAGCCUCAAAGCACGGCCUCUAAGAGGACACCUCCGUCAUAUGGUUACCAUCAAACUUCAACGGGCCAGAUUGUACCAAGCAAUACUCAGGGAUCGAUCACAAGGAGGCCAGGACAGCCACAGGAAGCCCAAUCUCCUCACAAACCUGCCACGCAGAUGGUGAGACCAAAUGCCCAGCAGCCACGCCCGCAAGUUGUGUCCCCAAGGCAUUUCAACGUUGCUCCACCAAACCGAACUGUUGGAGCGGUACAGUAUCGCAUGCAAUCAGUACGCCCAAGACAAAAUGCCCCCAGGUUACCUCAGGUCAAUUCAAUGGUAUCUGCAGUGUCAGCUCCCCAGGCUACUGCACACUCAUUGCUAAAUACUUCUCAAGUGUCCUCAGCAUCUACACCCGUACGCUAUAUAAACCCAGCCUUAAUGCCAAAUGUCUCCAUGGCUUUGAACCACUCCUUCGCCAACACUAACACAUCGACUGCUGUAGCUCAACAUGCCCCUAUAGCAGCAGUCACUGCAUACCCCAUGUCAGCACAGCAGAUACGAAGUGUUGCUCCGAUUCUACAGGGGAUGUCAGUCCCCAUUGUGACUCAGGCCCUCAAUAAUGUGUUCUUCCCAUCAGCAGUCCAGGCUGGAAUUCCUGCUGGAAGAUUACCUCAACAAGUACAGGGAGUAGUAAGGACACCUCAGAAUACCAUAUCAGCAACUCAGGUUGUCACACAACUGCAGCAGCAACAGCAACAACAACAAAUGCAACACAUGCAGAUGCUAGCCCAGCAGCAACUUCUCCAGAAACAUCAAGCCCAGCAACAGCAGGCCCAACUACAGCAAGCACAGCAGCAGGCACAGCAGCAACAAGCCCAUCAACAGCAAGCACAGCAAGCACAGCAAGCACAGCAAGCACAGCAACAGCAAGCCCAGCAGCAACAAGCCCAGAAGCAACACGCCCAGCAGCAGCAAGCCCAGCAGCAGCAAGCCCAGCAGCAGCAAGCCCAGCAGCAGCAUCAGAUUCAACAGCAGAUGAUGCAGCAGAAACUACAGCAGCAUCAGCAGAAAGCCAGAGCUGCCGAGGAGCAACGACAGCAGGCAAGCCAGCAACAGAAGCUGCAACUGCAGUUACAGCAUCAACAGGUCACCCAAGCUAAACAUCAACAACUUCAGGCUCACCAGCAUGCCCAAAAGCUACAGAAUCAGCAGUUGCAGCAACAGCGUGCUCUUAUCCAACAGACUGUACAGAAGGUGCACAGUGCCAAUCUGGAGCUAAAGAAGAAGCUUGACCUUGUGAAUAAGGAUUUCUUGACUGUCCAAGCCAAGCUACAGAACAAGGAGAACAUGACUUUCCACCAACGAGACCUUGAGAUGCAAUUACGACACUUGGAUAGUCAAAAACAACAAUUGCAGGGUGAAAUAAACAAGAAUGCCAGCUUGCAUCAACAACAUCAGCAGACAUACGAGCGGCUGAUGGCCAGUAUAAAUAACACUGCCAUGAAUGCCAAUCCCAAUGCUGCCACCAAAUUAGGACCUGCAAGCCACCCUGCUCCCCUGCCCGCACUGCCACCAUCGACAUCAAAGGGACCUCCCAAGCCUGAACUCAACAUCACUAAGGUAGAAACAGGAAUUGUACUCUCCUGGAAUAUGACCCUGGAUGGGUAUGAUUCACAGAUCGAUGUCUACCAUCUCUAUGCCUAUCAGGAAUCAGAAGCCCCUGCCACCACAACCCUCUGGAAGAAGAUUGGAGAGGUCAGGGCGCUGCCUCUCCCGAUGGCUUGUACACUGACACAGUUCCAAGCAGGAAGUGUCUACCAUUUCGCUGUUUGUGCUGUGGAUGUUCAGGGCCAAAGUGGUCCCUUCAGUGAGCCCUCAAGUAUAAAUCUACCACGAAACUGAAAGGAAUUUUUAGAGAAACAAUUUCCAGAGCUGAAUGCUCGUUUGAUAACCUUUUGUACUUGUGCGUGUGUGGUUGGUGUGUAUGUUUGAAAGAAUGUCUAAGUAUAGGUCUCUGUGUUAACUAUAAGAUGAAAAUAAAAUCCAGGUUUCAUAGUUAUCGUACUGCUGAAUUUUUUUGUCAUGAACAAAACGUCAUUAUAAGUUUGGUGUAUUUCUGAAUUCACUGUCUUUGCAAUGAUAUGAAACCAAUUGGUUGAACCAUCAGAUCAAUUUUUUAUGACUACCUCACUGUAUUAAGUUUUAACUUUGUCAGCCAAAAGAUAACCGGAGUUACUCUUGUUUUACGGAGUUUUAAUUCAAGCUUAACCUUUCAGUGAAUCCAAAGAUAUUUACUUGCUGCAACUUUAGCUCAAAAUUUGGGGAUGUAAGGCAAUCUUUUAUUCACUCAUGCAAUCACCACAUUUUGGCGCCAGACUGCAGUAGUACAAUUCAUGCAAGUAACCAUGCUAUUGAUGUUUUUCUCUGAGAUUUAGAUAUUUGCCUCGCGCCACCUUCUAUUUUAAGCGUUGGCAUGAGUGCUAGUUUGGUUUGAUUUUUGUAUUUAUUUUUGUCAUGGUUUGAAAAAUCAUUUCUAAAAAAGAUAAAACGACCAAACAUAGAAUCUGCUACAUGUGUCUCCAUAAUGGACAAGCUUUUAUUGUGUGCCUGUAAAUAAUAAUUAUAUGUACCAUAUAAUUUAUGAUUUUUUUCCUAUGUGUUUUUGUCUAUGUAACUAGUGAUUUAGAUAUUCAUAAUCAUUAAGUUUAAUUUGUUUCUGUUUUCUAAAAGGAAUUUUAUAAAACUCAUGUGGAUUAAGAGUUCUGACUUUUUUAAGGAAGAGUUGCCCAAGAAUUUUGUUCCUAUUUUCAGUUUUGAAGUGGAAUGCCAGUUUUUGUUUUGCAAGAAGACAGUAUCUGCUUGAUAAGCCAAACAACAGAAAGAAAUUAAAAAUUCUCAAAAACUUAUCCAAAAGAUGGCA